AUGGUAAAACAAGAUCUACGUGAGAAGCAAUCUUUGGAAUUGUUUAAAAAGUGGAUAGAUAAGCAUCCGUAUAUAAGUUUUAAUAAAAAAGAUAAUGUUGAUGAUCUUCUACUGUCAUUUUUACGCGCCAAGAACUUUUCAAUGGACAAAACAUACGAGAGCUUUGAAUUUACGAUGAAAUUCAUAAAAUCACAUCCAGAAUUUUAUGAUAAUAUAACAAUAGAUGACUAUGAAUACACAAGACAGCCAGAUUCGCCAAUAGUUCUAAUGAAGAAUCGUGAUAAGGAAGGCCGUGCAAUUUACAUCUACAAAGGAAAAUAUUUCGAUUUCAGUGAGAAAUUUAUGAGAAGAAAUUAUUUGACGCCUCAUUUAUCAAUUUAUGAUGUCGAGACACAAACGAAAGGAUUUAUCAUAAUUUUUGACUUUCAAGAUAUUAAUUUAAAAAAAUUCAGCAAAAUCCCAAUUAACUUUAUUUAUGAUUUCUUCAAAAUAUCCAAAUAUUGUGCAUUGAAACCUAAACAAGUCAACUUUAUUGGAAUGCCAACAUUUAUUAAGCCAAUCUUUGAAGUCGGAAAAUCAUUCACGAGUGCAAAAGUUUUAGGAAGAUUUAAUUUAUUACAAAAUGUCGAAGAUCUUAAAAAGGUUAUGGAUGUGUCAGUCCUGCCAAAAGAAUACGGUGGAUCAUCAAAUGAAUUAAUGGAAUAUGAAUCAUUUGAAGCUGGUGCAAAAUUCGCGAGUUUAUUUACCAAAUUUGAAGUGAAUUUUAGCAAAAUUCAGGAAUUUGAAGGUGUUGGAAGUUUUCGAAAAUUGGAAAUUGAUUAG